CGCGAGUCUCUCUGGGUAAUGUAGUCCGUUCUAUUAGAUGGUCCAUCUAGCUAAUCCCGUCCUGAAACUACAACUCCCAGGUAGCAGCGCGCAAAGCUUUUGUUGUUGUGGGACAGCUGAUUUCUGAGUGCGGGGACAUAAAGAGUGACCACCAUGGAGGAGUCUCUAUCUCAGGUGUCAUGCAUAAGCUUCUUGAAUGUGGCCCAAACCUAUGUGCCCAGUACCAAAGUAGAAUGCCACUACACCCUGCCAGCCAGAAUGAAGAGUUCUACCAGCGACUGGAUCGGCAUUUUUAAAGUGGAAGUUUCUUCUAUACGGGACUAUGAAACUUUUGUCUGGGCAGGGCCCUGUGAAGCACCUGCAAGUGGAUCCAAAUAUCACUGCAAUGUUCAAUUUCAAGCCUGUUAUUUACCGCGCCCUGGUGAGCAGCAAUAUCAUUUUCGUUAUGUGGAUGCCCACGGAGUGGUGAAAGGGGUCAGUGACCCUUUUGUAUUCAAUCUACCACGUCCCAUAGAAGACUUGGUCACUUUGGAAGAUGAGGAAGCAUCUCUGGACAUGAUCUUGGUUAUCCCAAAAGCUACUUUCCUGCAGCAACAGUUGGAGCUCUCCCAGCAGGAGAGGAAUGAUCUGAUGAGGGUCAGACUUGCCCUGGAGGAGGAUGUCGGCUCUCUUAAGAACCAAAUCAAGGAACUUGAGGCUGCAUUGGAGACAUCAAACAACAAACAUGCCAAACUCAACCACCAAUAUCAAGAUCUCUACGUGAGAGAACAGCAAGUAAGGGAAGAACGUGAUGUACUGAGCUGUAAGGAGACUGAGAAUAAAGAUCAAAUCGCGAAACUUGAGGGCGAUCUCCACAUCAUGAGUUUAAAGCUGAUGGAAAAAGCGAAGGAGCUUGAAAUGCUGGGAACAAAAAAACUGUCUCUGGAAACUAAGAAGGACGAACUAAAACAACGUCUUACAGAGACAACAUCAGAGUUGGAACGCUCCCAGCUACAAAUGGACUCGCUACGUGAAAAGCUGCGCUGCACACAGGAUCUACUCUCAGCAAGCCAGCAGAAAGUGAUGCUACUGGGAGAGGAGCUAACCACAGUCUCCUCCAUACGUGACCGUACUAUCUCUGACCUUCACAAGAGUCAUCUUGAAACGGCCGACCUUGCCAUUAAAGUAUCUGACUUGAGUCUGAGAUAUAAGGAAGGUAUGGGGCAGUGGUGGCAAGAGAAGACGGCACUUAAUCAUAGCAUGGAGGCUAAGAGGGACCAGAUCGUCAAUCUGAAAGCUGAAAAGUUGAAUUUGGAGAGCAGCCUACAUGAAGAGAGAAGUCAGAGGCAUUCACUUCAGUGCCAGUUAAACCAGCAGAAAGAUGCCAGUCAGGUGCAGCUGUCAGAGAGCAGGAGAGAGUUAAGUGAGCUAAAAUCUGCACUGAAGGUUGCUCAAAUGGAAAAGGAGCAGCUCAAAGAGGAAAGACAGGAAUUGAUGCAGUAUGUGAGGAGGCUGGAGGAACGUCUGGACAAACUUGCAGAUGAGAAAUGGAAAGAGGAUAAAAUCGCUGAAGAAGAUCUGCCAACAGCAUUAAGUUCAUCAAAUUCAUUACAGGGUCUCCCCGACUCAGAUGAUGAGUCUGUAGAAAAUAUGGCACUACCUCAAGAGGAAGACCUCUACAAAAUGAGUGAACAACUCUCUUCUAGUUUACCUGUCUUCCCACGCGAGUGUCAGAGAGUGGUGAUCAACCAACCUGCCCCUAUUGCCUGUCAACUGCAACCACUGCCUGAAGACAGCUCUGACUCUUGGUAAGAGCUUAUUCUUCCAACAAGAUUCGUUUUGUAGAAGACUGUGGUAGUUGUUUCCCACAAAUGUUAAAGGAGGACGCUCAGUUCAUCUUCCAGCUAUGGCGCCAGUGCUGUUUCGCUCCUUGACCAGACAGCCACCAUUAUGCAAUGACUGAACUAUGUGUAAGAUAUUAUCGCUAGUUUUUUUAAUGGCUUUCAAGUGGACCUAAACACCGUUUCUUUUUUAUUUCAAAGAGCUAUUUUUGUGUAACCUUUGCAGCAUCAUCAACUGCUCCUUGCACUCGUGUAACCUGUUACUGUCACCUUUUGCAUUAAUAGAUGCAUUGUUCACCUGGCAGUAUAAUUGUGGCACUAAGUUAGAUGAACCCUAAAUUGUCAGACAUUUAUGUAAUGUUUGUAUGACAUAUGUAUGAUAGUGCCAUUUUCUAUAGGAAAGGUACCUAAGGCACAGAACUGUCAUGAAGGGCAAAGUAUGUUCUUUCUUAUAGCAAUAAUAUUCCUAAAGUAAAAAACACAGAAUGAUCACUCAUCAGUUAGAUUUAUAUUUGUCCCUAUGUAUUAUAUAUGUUCUGUCCUAAAGACUAAUUUAGUGUCAAGUUAUUUUUUAUAAUAGCUUCAGUGCUUACUCUUUUUUAGUAAUUUGUAGUCAUUUUUGGCAAAGUAAAGCAAGUUAUGACUGGCGCUUGUAGUCCUGCAUGUUUAGGGUAAAUUAGCAAAAGGUGGAUUUGCUUAGAAUUUUUCCUACCGAUUUGCACCAAAAAAAAAGUUCUGACGAAGAAUACAGUAGCAGUGGAUGAGAUUUUAACAGAUCUGGAAAUUGACCAGCGAAAUUAAAGGGGUACUCCGGUGGAAAACUUUUUUUUUUUUUUAAAUCAAUUGGUGCCAGAAAGUUAAACAGAUUUGUAAAUUACUUCUAUUAAAAAAUCUUCCAGUACUUAUUAGCUGCUGAAUACUACAGAGGAAAUUCUUUUCUUUUUGGAACACAGAGCUCUCUGCCGAAUCAUGAGCGCAGUGCUCUCUGCUGACAUCUCUGUCCAUUUUAAGAACUGUCUUAUUAUUUGCUGAAUACUACAGAGGAAAUUAUUUUCUUUUUGGAACACAGAGCUCUAUGCUGACAUCAUUACCACAUUGCUCUCUGCUGACAUCCCUGUCCAUUUUAGGAACUGUCCAGAGCAGCAUAUGUUUGCUAUGGGGAUUUUCUCCUACUCUGGACAGUUCUUAAAAUGGGCAGAGAUGUCAGCAGAGAGCAUUGUGCUUGUGAUGUCAGCAGAGAGCUCUGUGUUCCAAAAAGAAAAUAAUUUUCCUCUGAAGUAUUCAGCAGCUAAUAAGUACUGGAAGGAUUAAGAUUUUUUUUAUAGAAGUAAUUUACAAAUCUGUUUAACUUUCUGGCACCAGUUGAUUUAAAAAAAAAAAAAAAGUUUUCCACCGGAGUACCCCUUUAAGAACUGUCCAUAGUAGGAGAAAAUCCCCAUAGCAAACAUAUGCUGCUCUGGACAGUUCCUAAAAUGGACAGAGAUGUCAGCAGAGAGCUCUGUGCUUGUGAUGUCAGCAGAGAGCACUGUGUUCCAAAAAGAAAAUAAUUUCCUCUGUAGUAUUCAGCAGCUAAUAAGUUCUGGAAGGAUUAAGAUUUCUAAUAGAAGUAAUUUACAAAUCUGUUUAACUUUCUGGCACCAGUUGAUUUAAAAAAAAAAAGGUUUUCCACCGGAGUACCCCUUUAAUGGGGAAGUCAAAAUCUGCAAUAAAAGCGGCAAGCAGUGUGUUGUUGCAGACUUUACUGUGGAUUACUCACAGAUCACCCUAGAAAUUCUCAACUGCAGGUAUCAAACCCAAAUCCACAGAAAAAUCCUCACCAAAACCCACACAACUUCGUGUGGAUUUUCUUCAGGAAUUAUCCACAGUGCAUCCGACGCACAUGAACAUACCCUUAAGGAGGGUAUGAUUACUUAGUAGCAUGGUUUUAUCCUUAAACUGUCAAAAGCAAUAUGCUUUUAUAUUCAGAUCUUAUGUUAAAUCUUGAAUUAAAAGAAAACAUCUAUCUGUACAUACAGUAUUUGUGCACCCUGUAUUCCUUGUUGCAGAAUGGUUUCUACAUUUUAGAUUUUAGCAGCUCCAGUUUUCUCCAUCAGACAUAUUUUUCCAUAUUCAUCAGACUUCAUGUUAUUACUCCAACCCUACACAGGUAAUAAAACGUGAGGUGCAGUGAGUCAUGUGACAGCUGAGCUCCACCCUUUAACGAUGCUUUUUAAAGGGAAACUGACGGCCGGUUCACCCACACUAAACCCAAUACACUGAGUUCUAGUGCGAAUGAGUAAAAUGAUGGAUUACUUACAAAAAUUGGUCCAGCCAUUUCUGAGUUACAGAUAAGUAAAAACAACUCUUGGCACUCACACUUUGGUGAAACAGCAGUUGAAAACGGCUAUUGCCGAAAUGCUUUCUGCGUAACACUUGUGCGAUGAUCCUUCAUGUGUGAAUAAACAACAAAUGUUCUUCAACAAUUCAUGAGUGCUGAAAGUUUAUUACUUGUGGACUGCCUUCUCUGCCGGCACCACGUGGAUACGAGCACCGACCUUAUCUCCAUAAACAUUUCUGAGUUACAGGUCUCAUUGCUAGUAUGCAAAUAUGUCCCUUUGUGCAAUGGAGGUAGGAGCCUGCUAUUACGAGCUUCCCUGCCCCCUUCCUCUAUCUCCCAUAUGAUCAUCCAUCUUCUGCAUAUGCAUAAAUAUUCACCCUUAUAUCCUAAUGAUGUGAGAGCCUCUGCCCACGUGAGGCUCCUGGCUUGUCAUCAGAUGCUGUGUGAGCCGGGGGUGUGUCAAAGAGCCUAGAGUCAUAGGGGGUA